CCUUGUACGAUGGAGUUUCUGUAUAGGGAUCAUGACUCCAUUUUUUUCACGUAUCAACAAUUCUGUAAAAAUAACGAUAGUAACACAAAUUGUUUAUUUUUGUCGUUAAUAAAGUUCAUUUAUUAUGAGUUUGCAAUUACUGGACGUGGGUAUAAGUUGUCUUUAAAGCAAGUGCAGUCUGUACUUUUUGGCGCAGUAGAAAAGGUGAAGGUUACACCGACACCCGUUGCCUCAAAUUAGGUGGUUCUUGUGACAGCAAAAUAGUCAGUUCCUAUCAUUAAACCCUUCUAUUGAGUAGUAUGGCAUUUCAACUCCGUUUAUAGAUUUCGGUUUAUGGCAAAUUGUUGCCUUUAAUAAGGCUAUGUUUACAUACUAAAACACAACAACAAACACUUUUUUUUAAAUGAACAAUACUAACAGAAUGAUUCGUAUACCCGCUGGCUGAUAGCACAGAAGCUACCUUCCUUUGCUUCCAUUGUUUCGGCGGUAUUCGUCGGAAGUCUUAGAGUCGUUAGGCCGCUCAAUAUCCCACACACGCUCAAUCUGUGCGAAUCAAGUAUAGACACGGAACUGCUCUCGUUUAGCAAAACACACAUUUGUAAACAAAUGACUACUGGUCGCUCCAUUCGAGGUUGAUGUGCUGCUGCGCUGUGUGAAUCUGCGUGGAGUUGUGUCGUUUGCUACGGUUUCUAGGCUACCAAAAUCACUAAGUGCCAUUUAAAACACAUACUACGACAAAGAUAAGGGCUCUCGCCCUUAAAUAAUAAUUCGAAAUCUUCAAGCUAGGAUGAUUUCUCUGGGAAGAAUAUUACUGAGUGUGCGACCUGGCCGUUUGAACCUGCUAGCGCACACUGGUACCUUACCGCGCACACUUGCAGUGAACAAGCAAGGGUAUCGAACAUCGGCAAAGUCUCUAUAUUGCCAGAUUUCUACCCGUGAGCGGAAGGCAGAAGAAUCGCUCGAAGCCGAAAAUGAUCUCAUUCUCGGGGAACUUAGCGGAGCUACAAAUACGAGCGAUAUUCUCGUUGCUAUAGAGCAGCACUAUUUAGCUAUGACAAACAGACAUCUAUUGGCCAGUUUCCAAAUACUCGGAGGCAAGGUAGAAAAAGGUGAUACACUGCCACAAAGCAUUGUUGAAUCCCCAUCAUUCUUAAAGCUAGCAAACCGGACGCUGAAACGUCUGCGUUUUUACGAAGUUGGAGAAUGUGUUACGCUUCUCAAGGCAGCUGCUCUCUUGAAGCUGCCGACAAAAUCAUCACUGGUGCAAGGUAUUUGCCAAAUGAUUCGCGCCUCGCUGAAGGACCUUUCUUUGAAACAGUUGAUGUUCUUGCACUUUUUAUUAACUCGAUUCGAAGGACAGACGUUUUUGACGGAGGCCCUCAGAACAGCAAUUCCUCUUGUGUUUCAGUUAAAAUGUCCUGUUGAACUCGACACAGCAAACUUUGAAGAAUCUUUCCAGGCCUUACGGUUCGCUCUCUCUAGUGAGUGCGAUAAAGACACGCUGGAAUUCAUUUCUUUGGCCAUGCAGAAACACGCCAAUGAUAUGAGCGCAGUGCAUGCGGUCAAUUUGAUGUCUGCUGUUGCUUUCGUCAAAACGAAUAAGGUCAACACGCUAAACAUAUUUGACUCGAAAGCAUUUAGGCACCUGCUUGACACUUGCAUGGACAUUGUUGCUAGUGGCCUGGACAAGCUUGACAUGAAUAAUCUUCGGAUGCUGCUCUCAACGUUAUCGUACACGGGAUUCACAAGAAAGCUCUGUGAUUCUCUUUGGCAAUUUGCCGAGGACAAUCAUUGGGGUCUCGCACGAACGACUACACUCGCGUUUUCAACUCAACAGCAUCGGUACUUCACAGUGCGCAAUUCCAAGUUUCUACGCGAUUUAAUCAUUAAGGAAAAAGACGAGGUACUCAACAACGAACGCAUCCCUCUUCCGGUCUUAUCAAAUGCGGUGGCAACUCUAGCAGCACAAGAGCGCUUCCCUGGUCUUAAGUCCUCCAGUGGAGGUUCAGAAGAAGCUGUCCUUAAUCAAAAAGCUGCUGCCAUACUAGCUGACGCUAAGGAAAAGGCCACACGUUUAUCUUCAAACCUGCCUUCUUUCAUUACGUACAUGCGGGAUCUAGUUGUUACGGGUAUAUUCCCCACAUUUCAACUGGAUAUGUUAUUCAACCCUCAAGUUCAAGAGGCCGUGUUACAGAAUGAGUUUGUGAAUGUUACUAUUGCACAACGUUUACUCGACAUUGAAUACUGUAUACGGCUUCGGGGAGAAAAGGCUAGUCGAUUCUCGUUUCGUAUCCUGCCGAGAAUACGAUUCCGUAUACUUAAUAAAUUUGAGACACACCACAGCGAAUCCCAAGCGAUUCACAAAGCUUUAGCUACUGCGUUAGAAGGUGAAAAAUUUGUAGCCGAAAGGAUCUGCACGCCACUUGGUACACUAGCGGAUUUUUUGAUGGUUCUACGACCGAAUGGUCUUCCUAUCGCACUUUCGCACUAUGCCGAGAGUGACCGCCACAAUUUUUUUAAAACGAUUCCCAACGAAUGUAGAGUGUUGGCCGUCCUGCUGACAAACAAUGCUAGCUACCUUCGUGCAUCGGGAUUGCCUACAGUAGAUUUAUCUCUUCGAACUGAGCUUCUCCGAGCCCAAAAAAUCUCUCCUUUAUUGAUCAAUGUAAACAAUUGGAUCGAUUUGAUGGACAACGAGAGGGUGCCGUUUAUUCAGCGAGAGCUUAAAGCUGUUCUGGCUUGUAGCGAUGCUUAUAGGGCACACAUAGAUGGAUCUGCUGUAAAUUAAGAUUAAGAGAUAGUACUAUUGCGGUAUAAGUGAACAUUUCGCAAGAUUACGUUUUUACAAUCGGCACCUUAAUAUCUCGACAUUGUUUCUAUUGGAUGAGAGAAUUAUAGAACUUAUGUAACAGGAGUACAAGUCUAAUUAGACGAAAGUAGUUAUUACUAGUUAGGUUCGUCAAAAAGCAUCAGUGCUAAGGAAGACAGAUGUGUAAAGAAUGAUUACUAUUAUUAUUAUUAUUAGCUUUUUUUUUUCUUUCGUAGCGGUUAACUAUUGGUUGAAUGUACGACUUUCGUUUUUAUGGGGCAUUUGAUGAUGAGUAUAAUAUUAAUAAACUGGAUGGCAUUGUGCCGCUACAGUGUCGUAAAUUAUAUGGAAAUUUGUAUUUUUGAUCUUUACCAGGUGACUUUGAAAGAAUGUACGCGCUUAGUAAAAUGCUUUUUGGAUUAUUCUUAAUCGGAUAUUUUUCAUGUAACGCGUUUUCAGGUGUUUUUCUCAUUUUUAUUUAUAGAGCUUUUUAUUGCUAUUUUGCUAUUUCCAAAAAAUCUAAAGAUGUUGCUUUUUUCGUUUUUGAACUGACGAAAACAAUGACAUCAGAAAGGUAUCAAGGAUCUUCUUAAUAAGUUUAGGCCAAAUCUCAGUGCUUUUACUAUGUUUAACUGGCAAGUCAGUCUUCUGUACCUUACACGUGCCUUGUGAAUGAUCGAAAAAAACGUCUCUUGCCUUGCGCACCUUUUGUACAUUGUCAAUAGUCGCGGACUGUACCAGAUAAAAAAUGAAAAAUUUAGCUUUUUUUACAAUAUUUUAAGAAUUUCUAUGAAUAGCAUUUCUAUUCAUUAGCGAAGAUAUUUACCACGAGCUGAUGGAUGAUGUUAAGUAACGCUUUAGUUGUAUAAGUACGUAAUUUCGGCUGUGGCCGCAUUUGUUAUUCGACAAGAAGAGAACUCUGUUCAGUUCCGGCAGGCUAGAGCCACAAGUGCCGCGAAUCGCGGCAGCAUCUUCCUACUUUGUACACCACGGUAGUGUGACCUAAAAUGUCUCAAUUACUCUUGUUAAGGAUAUGUGAAGGAUAUGGUUUGCGCAAAAAGGCCGUUAACUAUUUAAUAACUAAGGGCCAAUAUUCAAGCAAUGAUUGAAACAAUCGAUAACGAACCGCUUCAAUCUGAAAUAAAAUAGAGGAAGCAGGAAACGAAACUUAACCUAGUUCCAUCUGUUGGCUUUUCUUCAAGUGCGCAAAGGUUCACUGAGGAAAUUAGGAAACGCUCUACAUACAUAAGGUAUAUAGGAAAGCUGGUGGCCGAUUUCGACCCUCUCUGCUGUCUCCGUAAGCAAGCAGAGUGUCGAACGGUAGCAGUUUUUGCGAUUUGGUGAUGAUAAAAUACAGCAGUUUACAACGACGUUUGUUUUUAGUAAAAACUUAAAGUCGAAGUACGGAGCCAAUGAAGAUGAUACCCCACAGGUGUCACACAGAUUGCAGGCCGUAUCUUUUGUUAACGCAAAAAACGUAGAGGCAAUUAAUCAGGAAAUUGAAAUCGAUUGGCUCACGUGCAGAUAAAGUGAGACCAAGGUUACUCCUGUGAUCUGCUCGUUUGGGUAUAGCUAGUAAUGUGGACCCAGAUCCAACGACGUUAGUGCGGCAUCGUGGUGACCUACUCGAUCUAAUGAUGAACACUGCGACUUAUUCUAAAGGAACAAUUGUAUUGUUAUCUCUACAAAGUACCAGCAUUCUUAUUUCCACGAGAAACAAGCAUCGUUUCUUUUCUGAAUGCGUUUUGAAACGCAAUGCAAUGCAGGAAGUGAUGCUGGAACGGAAACAAUAGUCCACGACGAGCACAAACCUUUUUGUGCCUUGAAAUGAAGAUAUUGAAUGCAAAAAACUUUUGGUUUUAACCAAAUGGGGUAGUUUGCCACACAGCAUGGAAAACAGUUGAUCUGUUUGAAGCAUGCUUCCAAGUCGGCUGAUCUCGACGCGUGGCUGUGGUCAAGUCAAGUGGUGGCCCAGGUCCUGUUAUCUAGCUUUUUUCAAUUUUUUCCCUUGUGGUCAUGGGAAAGAUAGAGUCAUUAAAAACAUCACCAAGGACAAUUUACUACCUAAAUACUUGAUAUAUAAAGUGAUUAGUGAAAUUGACACUUAACCACUCAGAGCUAUUCAAGAAAGAUUGAUGCAAGCAUUUAAGACUAUCAAACGACCUUUUGUGUACCCUAUAUAUGUAUACACAUAUAUAUUUUGUUUGAUUUCUUACUCACUCAACUUCUAAUGUCUUUGAAUUGCCUCACGUCCACUGCUGUUUGAUGGCAAGACGGCGUAUUCGCGCCAUCUGGCAUGGAUCGCUAAGUAACUUAAUCGUGGAGCUUUCUACGACAUAAUAGGAGCUAAGAACGUCUUACGUGUUACGCGUUUGAUGACUUUCGAUAACAAGCACUCGUAGCUGUUUUUGCCACGAGUCGUGCAAUUACGUGCUACUCUCUCCUGUUUGU